AUGGAUGUUGUUCGCGAUAUUAGUGCUAACCAGCAUGUUUUGAUUCGUUUGCCCAGUGAUAAUCUUAAGAUUGUUGAGUUGAAGGCUCAUUCGAUAGUUUCUCUCGGUAAAUUCGGUGCAUUCAGGGUGAAUGAUAUCAUUGGGUACCGUUACGGUACAACCUUUGAGAUUGUAUAUGAUGGAAUAAAGGAGGAGUUUGUAAAGGGAACACAAACGCUAAUUGGGAAAGUGAAGGUUUUGGAGAGCCGUUCGAAGGCUUCCAGCCCACCGAUCGAAAACAGCAGUGAAUCCAACCGAGGUUUGAUUAAUUUGGGUAGCGAUGUGCAGGAGAUGUCGAUGGAAGAGAUUGAGGCAAUGAAAAGGGAAGCAGCUUCUGGCGAUGCAAUUAUUUCAAAGAUGAUUGAGUCUCACAAGAGUUUCCACCAAAAGACAGUACACUCCCAGGAGAAGUAUUUGAAAAGAAAGAAGCAAAAGUUUGCCAAGUUCUUCACAGUGGAAUAUCUAGACAGUUCUGGCCUACUACACUACUUAAUCGAUAAAGGAGAUAUCCUAAGAGUGAUGGACAUCUCCCAAGAAUCCAUGGGUAUGGCAUUGAAUCUAGCCAACGUUAGCAGCAACGGAGAGUAUCUAUGUAUUGAUGAAACAGGCGGUCUGAUAGUGUAUGCAAUGCUUGAGAGAAUGUUUGGUGGAAACAGUAAAUCUACGGCAACCGGUUCGAUUGUUGUUGUUCACGAGAAUGAACAUCCAAAUCUUGAUCUUUUGAAGUUCUCCAACUACCCAGAAUCGUUCAUACAAAAACAUGUCAAAACGAUAUCUGUAUUGGAUUUCUUUGAACCACCGAGUGAAGAAACUAUUAAAGACUCUUUCCAUCCAUUAUCCCAAGAGGAAAUUAACGAGCUCAAGAGUAAUAGGAAGAGCGCAUAUUUCCGCCGUUUGAAAUGGUAUAACAAUCAACUCGCGAACAUAAAAGUGGCUCAUAAAAUAUACGACGGGCUUUUGGUUGCCUCAACGCUAUACUUACCAACUUUAAUUCCUAGGUUGGGCAGUAGGAUACACGGGUCUCGUCCAAUUGUAUGCUACUCACAAUACAAAGAACCACUAUUAGAGUUAAGUCACUCGCUAUAUGACAACUUAAACUACUUGGCUCCUACAUUAAUUGAAACUAGAUGCAGACCAUAUCAAACGGUCAGAGGAAAGUUGCAUCCUUUAAUGACUAUGAAAGGUGGUGGUGGUUAUCUAAUGUGGUGUCACAGAGUCAUUCCUGCCAUUGAACCUAAGAUGAACCCGGAAACUCAAGUAAAGGAGAACAGUGAUACAGCAGUAGUGGAGGAAGAAGGAGAAGAGGUAGAAGAAAAAGUCAUGAAAGAGAAGCAAGAAGAGCAAGUAGAGCAAGAAGAACCUGCAUUGAAAAAGAUCAAAGUAUAA